GUUUACAUAAGAUUAUUUGCAGGAUGUAUUUGAACGCAUCAUAAUUAAUUCUGGCAGUACUUUCCCACUUGGUCGCGAGACUAUCUCAAUACACCAUGCGAAGGAUGGCGGAGGAGAUACAACCUACCAAGGAGCAGAGCUCCUGGAUAUCAAGUUGGCUUCCCUCUUGGUGUCCCACAUCUCCCUCUCAUCUGAAAGAUGCAGAAGAAAAAAUGCUCAAGAGUGUGAAUCAGCCUUUCUCCAGGCAGCACGUCCGGAUAUCCAACCACAACUAUCUGUGGACCUUAGCUUUUUCCACUCGGCAACAGCCAUGCUAUCUCCCCCAGCCCCCUGCCCAGCCCAGGCCUCCUCUGGUUCUGCUGCAUGGUUUUGGAGGUGGUGUUGCCCUUUGGGCCCAAAACUUGGACUCUCUCUCCAGCAGCGGUCCGGUCUACGCUCUAGAUCUGCUGGGCUUUGGCAGGAGCAGCCGCCCCCAGUUCAGCACAGACCCAGAGGGGGCUGAGGAGCAGUUCGUGACAGCCCUGGAUGAGUGGAGGGAGAAGGUGGGACUGGAGGAAAUGGUGCUGCUGGGACACAACCUCGGAGGAUACCUGUCUGCUGCCUACACACUCAAAUACCCACACAGGGUAAAACAUUUGCUGCUGGUGGAGCCGUGGGGGUUCCCAGCUCGUCCAGAGAACCCCAACCACAACUCCAUCCCAGUGUGGAUCAGAGCCAUGGGGGCUGUUAUGAGCCCCUUCAACCCUCUGGCUGGACUCAGACUGGCUGGGCCUCUAGGUCCAAUGCUGCUCCAGACAAUCAGGUCAGAUUUCAAGCAGAAAUACUCUUCUGUAUUUGACGACAACACGGUAUCUGACUACAUUUACCAUCUGAAUGCCCAGACUCCAAGUGGAGAAACAGCCUUUAAGAACAUGACCAUUCCAUAUGGCUGGGCUAAGAGGCCCAUGCUGGAGAGGAUUGGCCAGGUCCAAGCUGACAUUCCCAUUUCCUUUAUCUAUGGAUCGCGCUCCAGCAUCGACAGUGACUCUGGAUAUGCGUUCAAGAAAACCAGACCAGAUGUGGAAAUCAGGGUGAUCAGAGGAGCGGGCCAUUACGUUUUCGCCGACCAGCCCGAUGACUUCAACCAGACAGUCCCUCAGAUCCUCGCAAGGACGGAGAAAAAAAGCGAAGAUGAGUGAGCGAAGCAGCGAGAGCUCCCUCAUUCAGGCGACGCACGGGAGGGCACAGGGUUUAACUAACCCAAACCCAUUACACAGCCACAGCAGUUUAACUGUAAGCCUCUUUAUCAUGCACUUUACCCUGAAGAAAGACCCAUCACUGACUGAGGACACUUAACUCAUCAUUCCACAGUCUAACGCUCCCUAAGCCUUUGGGUCAAAGGUCAGAUGAUGCUACGGUUUGUUUAUCCAGCCUCAUGUAAGUUUUUGUAAAUAAAUGUGAGAUGCAGUCUGUGUUG